AUGGGUAAACCUAGAGGGAGAAAGUUGCUUAAGCAACAAGAGAAAGAUCAGUUUAAACCGGCCAAAGAAUUCGAUGUGCCAGAUGAACAAGAUAAUUUUGAUGGAUCCAAUGGUACAGACUCCGAUCCUCAAAUGUUUUUUGGUGUGCUAGAUAGAGAAGAACUUGAAUACUUUAAGCAUGCAGAAGCCACUCUAUCCAUGGAUGCAUUUGAUAAUGCUGAAGAGAAGAAACAGUUCGUUACCAAUGUAAUUGAAGAGACCAGAGGCAAAGAGCUCAAAUUAGUCAUUUCGCAAAUUUGUUCCAAAUUGAUGGAAAGACUAAUUCUAGAUUGCGAUGAUCAACAGCUAAAAUCUAUCUUCAAGGCUUUCAACGGUGUCUUUUACAAUUUAUCAUGUCAUAAAUACGCAUCUCACGUCUUAGAGACUCUACUGGUAAGAGGUGCAGCAUUGGUAGAAAAGGAACUAUUAACCCCAAGCUUUGAUGGUGAAACCGAUGAGGAAUCCUUUAUCACUAUGGAAAAUGUCUAUCUUUACAUGUUAAACGAAGUUAAACCACAUCUAAAGGCGAUGAUUAACCACAGAUAUGCCUCUCACGUACUCAGACUGCUAAUAUUAAUUCUUGCGUCCAAAAAUCUACCAAAAACUACUCAGAAUAACUCGACUUUGAGAUCAAAGAAGUCCAAGAUUGCAAGAAAGAUGAUCGAUAUCAAGGAUAAUGACGAUUUCGAUAGAGUCCACCAAACUCCUGAAUCUUUCAAACUAGAAUUGAAAGACUUUUUGAAAAACCUAUAUGCUGGGUUUACCAAUGGCGCUGCAUCACGUUCUGACAUCAGCCCCACAUAUGUGACUAAAUUCAGAGAAUUAUGCGUGGAUCCAGUGGCUUCCCCCGUCAUACAGUUGAUCAUUCAAGUGGAAGGUAUAUUCGACAGGGAAAGAUCUUUCUGGAGACUCGUUUUUAAUACCACCGAUGAGACCGAUGCCAAGGAAGAAGCCUUUUUGGAAUAUUUACUAUCAGACCCGGUGGGUUCUCAUUUCUUGGAGAACGUCAUCAGCUUUGCCAGGACCAAAUUUGUGGAAAGGUUAUACAAUCUUUACAUGAAACCAAAGAUAACCAAAUUGGCCCAAAGAGACACUACUGGUGCAUUCGUCGUCCAAGCUCUUCUAAGACAUUUAAAGGAUAAAGAGGUGAAAGAAAUCCUGGAAGAAUUAGUACCACAGUUGAGUAUGUUGCUGAACUCCAAUAUUGAUUUUGGUACAUCUAUCAUUGAAGCAAGUAUCAAAGAAGAUAACUAUUUGAGAGACGAAGUGAUAAAUCAACUGUUGGUGAAAUACUAUCCUGAACAAAAUGAAAACAGAAACAUUUUAGAAAGUUGUCUAUUGUUAAGCUCCUCAACUUUAGGUAACACGAGAGACGACUGGCCAACUGCUGAAGAGAGAAGACGUUCUUUGUUUUUGGAACAAUUGAUUGGUUACGAUUCCAAGUUUGUUGAUGUUACCAUCGAAAGUAUGUUAAAAUUGCCAGAGGAAAGAUUCUUACAAAUGGCUUACCAUGGUGUGUUUUCUCAUGUCGUGGAACAUGUACUCAAACCUACAAUUGUAGAUGCCAUCAAGAGGAAAUUACUUCUCAACGUUUUGUGCAAAGAUGUGGUUAACAUGUCUUGUAAUGCAUACGGAUCUCACAUUGUGGAUAAACUAUGGGAAUUUACGGCUAAAUUGACGUUAUACAAGGAGCGUAUUGCCAAUAGCCUAUUGAAAGAAUCUGAUAAAGUCAAAAACAGUAGUUACGGUAAACGUGUUUGGAGAAAUUGGCACUUGGAUCAGUAUGUAAGGAAACCUAUGGACUGGAGAAGAAUUGUCAAGGAGCAAGAUGUUGCAAUUUUCCCCAACGCUCAACCAUUACAGCCAAAGAACCCAUUAAAGCGUCCCAAGCACACCGAUUUACCUCCCUCCAAGCGCAAAGGUGUCAAAUGA